AUGGGCUAUGCGAUGCCGGAACAAACUGGUGUCGGCCUUCAUCUUCGGCUCUAUAGUCGUGCAUUUAUCGUCCAGACUAAUCGCUCCAGCAGGCCAGUUGUGUUUGUCAACCUCGAUGCUGGUAUGUCCUCGCAGUUGCUGAAGACUCAGGUCUUGCAACGGCUUAAAUCCGAAUAUGGCAAUAUAUUUGAUCAUGACAAUGUUAUGCUUUCUGCUACCCAUACCCACUCUGGCCCCGCGGGCUUCUUCCAGUACACUCUUUUUGACAUUACCAGCCGUGGGUUUGUCCGGCAGACACUGGAGGUCAUGGUGAAUGGCAUUGUUCAGAGCAUUCGCGCGGCCUAUGCUUCGCUGACCCCCGGACGAAUCCUCUAUGCGGAAGGUCUGCUGAAAAAUGCCAGUAUAAACCGCAGCCCCGUAGCCUACCUGAACAAUCCGCCGUCGGAGCGCUCAAGGUAA